GCGGUUCUGCGCCCGGGCAGUGCUGCCCGGCGGGUCAUGGUGCUCGGCCGCGGGCCGCUCUGCUGCCGGAGACUCGCGGCGCUGGGACUGUCCUGCGCGCGCCGCGGCCUGGGCCCGGCCCUGCUGGGAGUCUUCUGCUAUCACUCGGAUUUGAGGAAGAGUCUGACUGUGGAGCAGGGCGCCAUGAAGGUGGAGCUGCUGCCCGCCCUGACCGACAACUACAUGUACCUGCUCAUCGACGAGGCCACGCGGGAGGCUGCCAUUGUGGACCCCGUCCAGCCCCAGAAG